ACCCGUGUUGCCAGUUCUUGCUCAUCUUUCUCCCCAAUGGAAGAUAUGAGAGAUUCAAAUACAGCGCCACAAAUUGUGAAGAUUGUGAGGAUGGUUGUCAAGUUUCAUCCACUGUUGACAAUAACCAGUCUUAUCCACCGGAUAAUACUUCUGCAAGAUUGGAUUGAAGAGGAGGUGAGCAAUCAAUGGGAAGCUCUCAAGGUAUAUUGCCAAUCAAUAAUGAGAGCCCUGCUGGAUCCGAUUACAGAGAAGAUGAAGUAUCUAUCGGAAGCUAUCCAAAUGCAUCUCCACGUUGAAGCAGCAAAGGGUCAACCGAAGGCCAAAUUAGUCGGUAAACUUGCCCGAAUCUCUGCCAUAUUUCUUCUUUUGGAUACAGAGUUAAGCUCAAAAUAUGUUACCAAAAUGCUGUUAUUGUUGCUUAUUGGCUUUGACCCAGUAAAACAAUCAACGCUUUGGAGUCAAUUCAGAAUUUUCCAUGGAAGUAAUUCCUUGAAAAGCGUUGGUGCUAUGUUGUGCAUCUCAGUUUUUCUUUUAUGUGUAUUGCUGGUUAGACAAGUACUGGUUGGAUUUCGAACAAGAUCGGUCAUUGAUCUCUACAAAUACCCCCACAGCUACAAGCACUAGUGUGUUUUUUAUUUUGUCAUCCAUGGUCGUAAAUAUUGCAAUAGCCAUAUUUACACUUUCUGCUACCAAAUCUCCCUUACUCACUUAUAAAAACCGGUUAGGUAUAGCAAUCAAUUCAAUGCUUUGGAAUCUUCGAUUCCAUAAGUUUUAUCCCAAUCUCAAAGGUAGUGCACUGUCCUUUACAAAUACCGAAGGAGUUAGUGGUUUGAUUUUGACCAUUGUAAAUGUUGCACAAGGCAUGUUUAACUUUGCUUUGAUCACAUAUCCUAUGUUAAAUUAUAAAGACUGUCUAUUUGU